AAAAAACUAAAAAAUUUACUGUAACAAAUGGCGUUCAUUCACCCAGCACAAUUUGUCUAUGUACGUUAGUUCAGAAAAACGUUCCCGCGCGGUCAACUCCAAAUUGGCAGCGACUUUACAUAGUGUAUUACAUGACGUUUCUCUCAUCUUAAAAGAAAUUCAAAAUGGCUCCUCAGCGAGACAAAAGAGUGAUGGUUAAAAAAAAGUCAUCAAAAUCUAUUAAACAGCGGAUUAGAAGCAUCAAACGACUGCUAAAUAAACCAGAUAUAGCCGCAGAUGUUAGAGUUUCACAAGAGAGAAUGUUAAAAUUCAUGCAAAGUAAACUGGAAGAACAACAACAAUAUAAAAACGAAUCUCAAACUAAAAUGAUUAAGAAAUAUAAAAUGGUGAAGUUUUUUGAGAAACGAAAACUUUGGAGACAACAUCGUUCGGUUGUGAAAGAACUUCGUGACUCACCAAAUUCUCAGAGAACUGAGGAGUUACAGAGAAUUUUAAAUAAAAUCUUGAGAGAUAUUAAUUAUGUACAGUACUUUCCAAGUGAUAGAAAAUAUGUGUCUUUAUUUCCUGCUCAGCCUUACAUAAAUCAAACUGUGAUUGAAGAACAAGAACAAUUACACAGAUGCAUUAAUGAAAAAGUAGAUUCUGGUCAAUUGCCACAGGCAAAUUUUAGCCAAUGCAGUAGUGACAGUAAAGAUAAAACAAAAGUUAAAAAUAUCAAAAGAAUUAUGGAUAAACAUUCAAAAGAAGAUUUGAAGAUCUCAACUUGUAAUUUUCAAGAGGAUGACUUCUUCACUGACACAUCCAACAGACAAACUAAUAGUCACUGAUGUAUUUCUAAAACUUGUGGCCAUUAUGAACUCACUAGUGAUACAGUAACUCAACCAAACAACCAGUUAUAUCACCUCCUGGUAAAGUGGUAUGGAAUAACAGAUGUAAAAAUAAUAUUAAUUUGCUGCUUUCGGUGGAUAUAUUUUUAUUUGAGUUAUUAAUUAAAAAAUAGAAAGUGUCCUUUCCAGUUACAGUUUCGCAUUACAGUUGAGUAACACCUACCUUGCGGUUGUUUUCAUGCAUGACCUAAAAAACAAACCACACUUUAACCAGACAGGCAAAGCAUGGUUAAUGGAACCAUCUUUACUUAGAAGUUCACACUCCAUUUGUAGAAGACCUACCUUACUGAUAGAAUCACACUCCAGUUGUAUAUGUCCUCAAUUGAUAAGUUCACACUCCAGUUGUAUAUCACCCCAUUGACAUGUUCACACUCCAGUUGUAUAUCAUCCCAUUGAUAAGUACCCAGUCCAGUUGUAUAUCACCCUAUUGAUAAGACCUCUCAUAUGUCAUCUGUGAACCAUGCAUUACAACUUACGACUGAAAUUAAUAUCCCAAGCAACUAACAGCAUGUGUAUUGAUACAGUAUAGCAUAA